AUGGAGCUGGAGUUUGGGACGGCAUAUGGGGUCUCAGGAGACCACCAUGCAUCCUUGCGACUCUUUCAUAGACUGGCGAUGAAUCUGGCUACCAUGGGUGAAAGCGUUCUCAUCCUGUCACCAAUCCUCGCUCCGACUGCCACGCACUUGGCGUCGAUGCAGGAUGGCCGCAGUCCCCACAUUCUCAAUCGCAUUCACCUUGCAUUCGUGUCUGACAUUGCCCACGUCGCGUCGACCCUUGCUUCUAUCGAAACAUGGUCGGCAACGACGCGGUGCCUUUUCGUCGAUACGACCUCGCUCUGUCCUCCCGUGCCGGACGUCUAUGAGGUAGCCCAUAUAAGAUCUGUAUGUCUCGCGCUCAAGCGCAUUGCGACCGUCUACCGAGCCAUCGUCGUGAUCGCGUUCCCGUCGACCAUGACUCAGUGGUACACGUCGCAUCACGUGCUGCUGACAGCAUGCCAUCCUUCGACUUCCACCACGAACCCGCCUGACGCUGUCACAGUGACCAUCGCCCGCACCGGCGCGACAUGUUCAUGCUCAUUAUCUACCUUCCUAUCAACCUAA